UUUUACCUAUUGUGUUCCAUCCAUAUAAUGAGUAACUUUAACAUAGCUAUAGCAGUUUUGUUAUGUUUUCGGCUAUGUACUGCGUUCGACCUGCCUAGAGAUGGGUGCCAAUCAGACUUAAAAAUCAACAACAAUCUCUACAAUGUGACGAAUACGUAUCAAGUGGGCGAUGUUUACCCAACCGAUGCACACUAUGACGUAUAUGGCAACCUGUUCUAUGUGGAAACUGGACAAAACGAAAAGGGCUACUACUUUAACGUUAACAUGAUUAAAUUCAAAACUGCUGCUCCACAAAAAAUACCAGGUCUACCAGAGGAUGCUAGUUACUCGAUUGCAAUAGAUAACGGCGAAAAGAAAGUAUAUUUUGGCACUGGCAGGGGCAUCUUCAAGUAUAAUUAUGAGACUCACGAAGCCACGCCUGUUUCUAGCAGCACCUUCAAGCUUAAUAUGAUAUUUAUAGAUAAGGACAGCAAUAAAUAUGUAACUGAGAACAAUGAUGGUAUAGAAGAAUUGUACCUAUUAGAUGGAGAAAUGAUGAAGAAAAUUCGCUUUAACACUCUCGAAGCUUUAAAUGAAUUGACAAUUGAUGACAAAAACAACUUCUACUACAUAAAACAAGAAAGAUUGUUUGUUUUGAAAUCAACUCUUUCGUCGCCAAUUUGUAUCGGUAAUAUCAGCUACGAUGGCAUGGCGCAAAUAGCCGUUCAUAACGAUAACGUCUUUGUAGCAAGUGACGAUUUAUUAUAUUUUCACGAAAAUGAUACGGGUAAUUUAAAGAUCGUCAAUAAUGCUCCCGGAAAUGUUACAGCAAUAGCUUUUGAUUUAUCUGGUGAUUUUAUACUUGGGGUUCCUGGGAAAAUUUUGAAAUAUAAGAAAAAUGAAUGCCUCAUCAGAAAAUCGCAAAGAAAUUCUGCCUGAAACGUUAAUAGUAGGUACUCAUCCAUUUACAUAUCUAUCUUACUCUCAUGUUUAUAUGACAUUACAAUAAAAUCUAUUAAUGUGUAGUUA